AUGUUGAGCCGACGGUUUCAAGAUCCCCAGCAGCAGCUGCAGCCAAUCAGCAAGUCGUCCAUCCGAAAGUCGGCUAGCGUGGAAAGUGGAUCCUUUUACAUUCAGCCGGAUUUUGGGUUCGCGAAUGCUUAUUGGUAUCCCUUUUUAAUGCACGCCAUGCUGGCUGUAGCUCUGACAUAUGAUCGCUACCUCAAUAACUCUUCUGAAUCCCGUCGGACUCUCGAAGAAUGUGAUCACUGGUCCCGAAGCACAACGCUUUUCAACGUAAAGCUCCGAGGACCCAUCCUCGACGGAGACAAGGACCCAGUCUGGGGCACUGCAGCUGCUCAGGUGAUCCUGACAUUUGCAUCUCCCGACGCCCGCACACCCGAAGAGUCAUGGCCCUUGAGUCCAUCAUCAUCUUUUUCAGACGUGGAUUGGGUGCGAAUGAGCGAUGGCAAAAUGUCUCUCUGGAAUAUUGUCAACCCGCUUCGACCGGACAGCAUUUUUCACGUCAUGUCAACGACCUUUCAACAAAUGCAAUCUCCGCUACCAGAAGGGAAUACCGAUGAUCUCCUACCAGAAUUGCUCGCAAUGUGUCAUAUCGACCAAUGGACAAAUCCAGAAAACAACCCCUACCUGCACGCCGUAUCUGCUCUUUCAGUCAUCAUGAAUGUGCCGGAUCGCCAACUCACGAUGGGUCAAACGCAGCUUUUCAUGCGUUGCAUCCAAGGUGAAUUUAGGGAUUUGCUCUGCGCAAAGGAUCCGGCAGCACUGCUGCUGCUCUAUUUGUGGUUUAAAAAGACGGGUCGAAGUAUCUGGUGGAUCGACCUGCGAGCGCGGGUCGAGUGUCCCGCCAUCCGUCUUUAUUUAACCCAGCACCAUGGUGCCGACAAUGCCAUUCAAGCUAUACUUUCUGGGAAAGCUGCUAUCGGUAGUUGA